AAUAAUAUUUUCAUGUAUAAAUUUUAAAAAUCAAUGUAUUUGUCAAAUUUUAAUUAUUGUUGUGUAUUACAUAAGAGCGGCCUAAAAGGAUCAACAAGUGUACAAUUUUUUUAUUUCUUUAAUAAUUAGAGGACUUAAUUUAAGUAACAUUCAUAAUUUAGAGAUGUAAUAAUGUUUUGAAAUUUAGGAAUCAAUUUAAAACAAAGGCAGUAGCAGAGGGAUGUUUGAAGCAAUUAACUCUUUUAUUUAUAAAUUUACUGGAUAAUUUAUUUUUACCCAGUUUAAAUAAAAUUUGAAAUUGAAUUAAAUAGAUUAAUCCAUUUAGAGUUCUACUAUGAUAGGGAAAUCGCUAUUAUAGUGGUAAUAUAGUUUAGUUUUUAAUUUUGUUGUUGUCUAAUUUCACACUGGUUUCCAUCUCGGAAUCCGAUCGACGCCGUCCCCUCAAAUUCCGCCAGAAAGCUCCACCCUGAGAAAUGGGCAAAGACAAGAAAAGAACACAUUCCCAGCGCUCCUCUUCGCCCCCUAAACCCCCAAAUUUCCCUUCAUACCAAACCGCCCCUAACCUCAACCCCAAAGUCAGACUCCUCUGCGAAAUCAUCUCCACCACCCCUUCCUCCGCCGUCGAAACUCUUCUUCAAGACACCGGCCUCCGUAUCACCCAGUUCGACGUCGAAAACGUCCUCAAAUUCUCCUACUCCUUCCCUUCCCAAGCCGUCAAGUUCUUCCGUUGGUCUGGCCACCAACUCCAACACCACCAUUCGCCUUAUUCCUGGAACCUCGUCGUAGACUUGUUGGGUAAGAACGGUCUCUUUGAUGCUAUGUGGGACGCCGUUAAGUCCAUGAAAAAUGAAGGGUUAGUUUCUUUGGCUACUUUCGCUUCCGUUUUUAGUAGUUAUGUUAGUUUUGAUAAAGUUAAGGAAGCUGUUUUGACUUUCGAAGUUAUGGACCAGUACGGCUGUGUUAGAGAUAUCGUUGCUUUGAAUACUUUGAUUAGUGCUAUUUGUAGGGAAGGUAAAACCAUUGAUGGUUUGGAGUUUCUGAGCGUAGCUAAAUCUAGGAUUAGGCCGGAUUUGGAUAGUUAUGCUAUCUUGCUAGAAGGGUGGGAGAAAGAAGGAAAUGUUAGUUUGGCUAAAACUACUUUCGAUGAGAUGGUUGCUGAAGUAGGGUGGGAUCCCGCUAAUGUACCGGCUUAUGAUUCGUUUUUGAGUACUUUGAUUAAGGGGAAGGAUGGGGUUAAUGAGGCUUUGAAGUAUAUUGAUAUACUGCUCCAGAGGAAGUGUUAUCCAGGGAUCAAGUUUUUUAGGGAUGUCCUUGAGGAUUUUCAGAAAGUCGGUAAUGUUAGGGGAGCUGAGUUGAUUUGGAAGGCAAUGGUGGAGAAAGUUGGGAUUAGGCCGGAUACAGAGAUGUAUAAUUUGAUGAUCGAGUUGUACUGUUCCAAGAAUUACACAGAUACAGCGAAGAAAAUGUUGGAUGAGAUGGUUUUCACUGGGGCAUUUCCAGAUAUGCAAUCAUAUAACGUGUUAUUUCAUUUCCUGAUCAAGAAUAGGAAGUUGAAGGAUGCUUCAGUGCUUUUUAAUGAGAUGGUUAAAAAUGAGUUUUUCCCAAGUAAAACAGAUUGCAUUGCGGCGGUUAAGAUUUUUCUUGACAUUGGGGACCCUUAUGUGGCUGUAAAAGUUUGGAAAUUCAUGAUAGAGAAUUAUGAUUCUGAUUUGGAUGAGACUGGAAAUCUGCUGAUUAAUGGGCUUCGUGAUGCAAACAUGCUUCCUGAGGCAGUUAAGCAUGCUGAGGAUAUGAUUGAGAAAGGAAUCAAGGUCACCUCAGCCACAUUGUCAAGGCUGAAACACAGCCUUAGCCGAGAAAAAAAGGAUGGGGUAUAUGAAGAACUUUUAAGAAAAUGGAAAUCCUCUUAGGUGGAUUGAAAGUGCUUGAAUUCUACAUACCCGCUUUCUGAAAGGUAAACCUUUAAGAUGAAAGGUUCUUGCUGUUCCUGGAGGGAGCUCUCCAAGUUGCUUCAAUGGCUUGGAUGAUCUGGCCCCAGUUGCCAUUUGAGCAAGUGUUUAGGCUCAAGGGUUGCAGAGUUGAAAACAAAGCUCAAUGAAGAAUAAAAUAUACAGAAGAUGUGAGGGUGCAAACAGGAAAAACAGACAGGGUAUUCAAGAUUAUAAAAGGGAGAGAAUUGGAAGAGACAUAAUCCAAACCAUCUCAAGGUUGUACGUAGCUUACACUGCCGAGAUACAUUACAAGAGUUGCCAUGUUCUUGGCUGUUAGGUGAUGUAACAAUCGUUUAUAAUCAAGGCAUCUUUUAUUCCUUUCAUUGCCUGUCGUUAGUGGCUGUAUCUCCCGCACUCACACACUUUAUAUACGUCUUCGAAUUUAAUUUAUUGUGUUUUGGAGGGUACGUAUGUAGGCUCCAAAAGCAAAUUUUCUUCAUCUGAAUGGGUAGUCCAUAAACAUAGCUGAUAGGAAGAAAUUAAGGUGAAUUGAAUGCUAUAAUUCAAAGGUUGAAGUGGGCUGCUGUCUUUGUAUUUACUAAAAAACCUAAUCUCAAUUGCAUAUUGAUGUCUGAAUAUGUUUACAUUAUAAA